AUGGGUUUAAUUGGUGGGAGUGAUGAUGUAAAAAAUGCAAUUUUGAAGGGUUUGCACAGUAAUGUAACUCAGCUUGAAAAGCUUUUGAAAGCGUCUUGCGGAGGUGAGGGGUGUUGUGAUAAUAAUCUUAAUGAUCUUCAGAAAUCUCUUUCAGAUCUUCAACAAAAUUGUAAGCAAUAUGAUGCUCUUCAAACACAAAUUAAUAGCCUUAAAAAAGAUGUUGCUGAAAAAAGUGAGGCGCCUGAAAGGGCGCCGUCUGACAGUGGUCCUGAGAUUGAGAGGCUUACAAGGGAAAUUGAAGAGCUUAAAAAUAAAAUUUUCUCACAAAGUUCCACGCUUAAAGACAAAAUUACAAUUGUAAUUGAUGCUGUUAAAAUUGUAAUUGAGUCACUUGAUGCUAAGAAAAAUAAAGUUGUUGACGCUCAAUCUCAAGUGAAUGAGCUUAAAAAGAAAAUUGAGGGGAAUAAAAAUAAUGUUGAAAGGCUUAAAAAAGAUCUUGAUGAACGUGAAGAGCAACUUAAAAACGCAAAAAAUGAGUUCCCUGAAAAAGAGUCUAAAUCUCUUGAAUAUCAUAAUGCUUCCAUGAAGUCUCUUGAGACACUGAAAGAGCUUUGUGGAUAUGCUGAGAAAGUUGACAAUAAUAAAAAUAAUCCUUCAGCAACAUUAUUAAAUAACCUCUGCACAGGCCUCGAAAAUUUUCUCGGCUACCAUGAUGGUAAUUACACCGGAGAAGGCAUCGUGUACUCGGACCUUGACAGGCUCUGCGACGGGGUGAUGUCUUUCCUUCAUGGUGUUCUCAGUGGAGUAAAGGAUGAUGAUAACGUUACAACGUAUGAUGUUGAUAAAGUAAAUAACAUUUCUACACUCCCUGAAAAAUUAGCCAUCACAGAGGUGUCCAAUGCGCUGCGGGCGUGGAGCGGUGAGCUCGAAGAGCGAACCUACAAGCUUAAAACUGCGCUUAGUGACUUACAAACUAGCAACUUUAAAUAUAUUACUGAUUCACUUAAUAAACUUAAUAGUGUAUAUGGUGAUUCACUUCGCAAUGUACCUGCACUGUUGCAGACGUGCUUCAAUGAAGCCAAAAAUUUGCAUGACGUCUUCAAGUUGGCAAAAACGUAUUAUAUGGAUCUAGAUCCAACAUUAAAAGAUAAGUUGAAAGAUUCAUUUGAUUAUAUAAAUUUGCAGGUCAAGGAGUUCGCGGCUGCGGCACAGAACACUGAGCUGAAGGCGUUGCUAGUGUUUAGCGAAGAGCGGGCAAAAUUGCUAGAGAAAACGGUGAAUGAUAAAGUGAAGUACCGCACAAACCAGUUGGGAUCGGACAUAAAUGAUGCCUUCGAAAGGCAGAUUGGGAAGCCAAUUGAUGAUGUGAAUGAGAAGUUGACUGCAGUUCAUGCUGAUUUGGGUAAGUGGAUUGUGGCGGCGGAGAAGUUUAUUCAAAUGAUUCAUAAUCAGGUUGAUGAUAUUAUUAAUGAAGUCAUGUCCAGUGCAGCAAAUCCUUGUGGAAUUAGCACAGCAGCCGGUAAGUUAAAGGAGGAUGCUGUUAAAUUGUACACUGAAAUGCAGGAGGCUCACGGGUAUAUUGCUGAAAGGGUGCAGAGUGCUUUAGGUGUAGUGGAUGCAGCACUUAAAACGGCGGUAAUGAGUGAUUUGAAGCAACUAAGGGAUAAAAUAAAACAGACUGUUGGAGAGCAUAUUAGUCGGUUGGGACUGAGCAUUACGAGUAACCUCAAAGAUCUUACUGAUACGAUUGCGCAUCAGCAGAAUAAGUCUGGAACACUGUAUGAUAUUCAAAAUGCCCUGCAGGGGUACGCGUCGAGUUUUGAAAAUAAACUCAAGGAUGCGAUUGAGACAAUGGUAACUAGCAUGGUGAAUGAGAAAGGCGGGGCUGUAGAUACGUAUGUUGGGAAGUAUGUCAUUGACAAAGGAAAUUCCAGUCUAUUGAAUGGAAAAGAGAACGAUAUUAAAGCAGCCAUUUUGCACUACCUCCCAGAUAUUAUUAAGCAACUAGUUGAGGAGAGUGCCGGAAAGGCUGGCCUUUCAUCCACUGCCGAGUUUAGCCAGAUUGGUAGUAGCUUGCAAGAUUUUGCCAAACGCUUUGGGAAGCAAAUUAAAAGUGAACUUAGUGGGAAGACCAAGCUUGAAGAGAUUGCCGAGCAGAUCGCAGGUAUGGUCGCAACCUCCGGGUCUACCAAAAACGAUUAUCUUCAAACGGCCCUUGAAAUUAUUAUAUUUGGGGUGUCGACGGCUGCAAAAGGAUUAUCAGAGGAAAUAAAGAAUUUCUUGGAAGCGUCCAAGAUAAGUAACCUGGCACAGGCUAUAGAGAGUGUUAAAACACUUGGAGAAAAGCUUGAGAACGCCGUUACUAGAGCUGUUGUUCCCAGUACUGGCGCAUUUAAAGAAAGACUUAAGGCGCAGGCUGAGGGACUUAUUGGGACUGAAUAUGGUAAUGGCAGUGGAGAUUUUAAAAACGGCAAUGGAUUUACGCCGACUUACGACACUGCGAAACUUCAGGUCACUCAGCCUUUAGAUUUAAUACAGAAUAACGGAAGUGGUCUGAAGAAAAUCAAGACUGUUAUGGCCGACGAGAAGGGUAGUGGCAUGAAGAUCGAAUCUUCAACUCUCCAGGAGUUACACAGUAUAGUCACCCAAAGCCUUGAACAAUUGUGCAAAAGAAUCGAGAAACUUGCCGGGAAGGAUUCCGGAUAUAGCGGUGUGAAGCAAAAGUUGCAACGUCUGAGUAAUAUAAUUAAAGACAAACUCUAUGGAGAGGAAAAACAUUCCCUGACGGGAAUACAGACGCGUCUUAAUAAGAUCCUGACUGGCAGCGGGGAUAACACUCUACAAACCAUAGUGCAGAAUGCCGGUGAGUUCUAUGACAAAAUAAUAAAAACGGAAGCUGCUAGAGCCAUUAAAGAGAUACAGCAGUGUGUUUCUGACGAAGUUGCGAAAGUGACUGGCGACAUACAAAAAGAAGCAAAAACUGACUACCAUUUUAGAAUCAAUAAAAUGUUCACGGACAUGGAAACUAGAGUGCAUUUUGCAAUUACCAGCAUUAAGCGUACCAUACACGAGGAUUCACAUGGCGGUGUGAAAGGCUUAUUGAAAACUAUGAAGCACCAUAUUGACCCACUCAAGGAGAUAACUCCCGGUGCAACACACCCCGCCAAUUUCCAAUCCCUCUCCGCCAAAUCCCUCGCCUACCUGAAACACAUCCACACUUACGUCUCCGCCGACCUCCCCAAACACCUCCCCAACUCCCAAUACCCCUCCCAACUCUCCACCAUCCACUCCGCUCUGACCACCCUCCUCUCCCACCUGUCCGCCAAAAAACACUUCGACCACAAGGUACCCGGAAUGCUCGCGGAACUCAAGACGUCCGUCCAAGCGCUCCACACCACAAACUUCGCCAACCCCGCGUACCCCGUGCUCGACGCUUUCCCCAAGAGCCUGGUGCGCUUCGUCGAGCAGCUGGAGAGGGGGUACGUGAACAGGUAUGAGGGGCAUCCAUCUAUAGAUUUUGAGAAAUUGUUGACAAAAAAAACAAUUACGAAUACCAACGAAAAUGGUGAAAAACAUCUCAUAAUAUAA